ACGGUUUUAAAUGACCGUACUGGUAUGUACGAAGCAACAUUUCCUGAGCGUUUAUAAAAGAAAGCUGCAUCUUUAUUGAUAUCAGAAAAACCGGUGGUGAGGAGUUCUGGCGUGAAAUGCUUCGUUAGAAUUUGUGUGAGAUGCAGUUGUAAAUUUACUGCCAUUGAAUAUUAUUCCCUUUUCUAAUUUUCAGACAAAGGAACUGUUUCGAGUAGAUAAUUAGGGAAAUUGUGAUUUUGGAAUUGAAAGAAGCAAUAUGUCCCAUUUAAAGUACAUGAAAGAGCUAAAUAGCUUAACUUGCUUAAGUGAAAAUAUUAAAGGUCCAAUGCCUCGAUGGCAGAAAAAAUAUCUGGAGACUUCAAACUCCAGCAUCAACGCAAGCUCAAAUUCCUCUCGAAAAGCAAUGAGUUCCUCUUCUGCAAAUUCAACCACAGGUAAAACACCAACUAAGCAUCCUGAAAUGCGUACCAAGAAGACACCAUCAAAAAGUGUGAAAAAGUCUCCAAGUCGUGCUUCAACUCCUGCAAAGACUCCUAGUGGUGGUGACAGAUUCAUACCAUCCCGAUCGACUACCAAUUUUGACUUAGGCCACUACAAGCUUCAACAAGCUUCACAAAAUACUGAACAAAACGAAGAAAAAUGUGACAAUGUGAGCCCUAGUAAGAAGGAAAUGCAGAGACUAAUGGGAGAGAAUUUUCACGGAGGUGAUAUAAACAACAUGAGAGUUUUAUCCUACCAAAACAAGGCUCCUGCCCCGCCUGAGGGAUAUCAGAAUCCUCUUAGAGUAGUCUAUAGUCAAACGAAAACUCCAGCUGGCGUGAAGGCAUCCACCAGAUAUAUUCCACAAGCUCCAGAUAGAAUAUUAGAUGCUCCUGAUAUUGUUGACGAUUAUUAUCUUAAUUUGAUCGAUUGGUCACCUAACAAUGUCCUUGCUGUAGCACUAGGAGGAAAUAUUUAUCUUUGGAAUGCAGGAACUGGAACUAUUGAGCAGUUGCUGGAAAUGGAAGGUAACGAUUAUGUAUGCUCGGUAGGUUGGAUUCAAGAAGGUCCAUACUUAGCAGUUGGGACUACAUCUGGUAAUACCGAACUGUGGGAUUGCAGUCAGAUGAAAAGGGUUCGCAUAAUGAAUGGUCAUUCAGCCAGAGUUGGGUCUCUUGCUUGGAAUUCUCACAUAUUGACAAGUGGAUGCAGAUCUGGUCAAAUUGUGCAUCAUGAUGUAAGACAACGCGAUCACUUGGUUUCAUCUAUGAAUGCUCAUACGCAAGAAGUUUGCGGUUUAAAGUGGUCGCCUGAUGGAAAAUAUUUAGCAUCAGGUGGCAAUGAUAAUAUGCUGCAGAUUUGGGCAUCUCUUAUGGGCCAGAAUCAUUCACACACUCAACCCUUGUAUUCAUUGAAUCAGCAUCAAGCGGCCGUGAAAGCUCUUUCAUGGUGCCCGUGGCAAAAUAAUAUCUUGGCCAGCGGUGGUGGUACUGCCGAUCGUACGAUACGAUUUUGGAAUUGCAAUACUGGUGCUUGCCUAAAUUCAGUGGACACAAAGUCACAGGUCUGUGCGUUACUGUGGUCAACUACGUACAAGGAAAUAGUGUCGGGACAUGGAUACGCUCAAAAUCAACUUACUAUUUGGAAAUACCCUGCCAUGAAUAAAGUUGCAGAAUUAACAGGACACUCUAGUAGAGUUUUGCACUUGGCUAUGUCACCCGAUGGAACCACAGUACUCAGCGCUGGUGCCGAUGAAACGUUGAGAUUGUGGAAGUGUUUCCAACCUGAUCCUCACAAAAAGAAAGAAUUGAGCGAAGUAAAAGCAGUACCAUCGAAACUUAAGCAAUUAAUUCGAUAAAGGCCUAUAGUGACUUAGUGAAACAAAAUUCUUGUAUUUAUUUUUCAUCGAACAUUUCAUUGAAGUAGUGUAACGCGACUAGUAAGUUUAGAGAAUAAAGAUUUUUGAACAACUCUCUGCCGACGUGUACUUUGGACAUACAAAAUCGUUAACAUUGAUUUAUAAUUUUCAACUACGAUCAUAAAGUUUCAUUAAGUCUAUAAAUGUAUGUUUUACAACGGAAAUGUACAGUAAUUUUUAUAAAAAUACAGUAACUUAGAAAUAAUAACGGUUUUAGUCAUGUACUGUGCCAUUGCAAGUAGGUAUAUGUAAUUUUAUAAAUAUACACAAGAAUAAUUUCAUAUUUUUCCCUGACAUUUGACUUGGCAUGAUAACGUUAAAUGCAUAUGUAUAUUUUAAGAAAAGUAAUUUGUACUGUGCUACACAACUUCAAAAUGCAUCGAAACUAUGUGUUUGAUAUUGGUGUUACGUGAUUUAUCCAUUUCAUUAAUUAAUUAUUUAAAAUAGUUACACCAAUGUUUAUUUCAGUCUUCCUAGUUUCAUUUGUACGCUUAAUGCCGAAACGAGCUUCCACUUUAGUAUGAAAAAUAUAUUUGUC